CUCAAGCAGAAUAAUUAAAGCAUCUGAUAAAGCAUAAUCAACCAGUUCAAGUCUCCAAGAUGUCAUCAGCUCAAGUGGAGAGACAACCGGGGUCGAUUUCCACCGGCACCCCGACUGCUAUGGCCACGAAGCCGGAUACUCCAUUAAAUGUCCAGAACUAUUCUAAAGAUAAGAAAGUUGGGGAGGGUACAUACGCUGUUGUUUACUUGGGAGUACAAGUAUCCACCAAGCGGAAUAUUGCUAUUAAAGAAAUAAAGACCGGGAUUUUUAAGGAUGGCCUUGAUAUGUCUGCUAUUAGAGAAGUGAAAUACUUGCAAGAGUUGAGACACCCGAAUGUUAUCGAACUAGUUGAUGUUUUUCUGACCACUAAUAACUUAAAUUUGGUGUUGGAGUUCUUACCGUGUGAUUUAGAAGUAUUAAUAAAGGAUAAAUCAGUUGUCUUCAAGACGUCAGACAUUAAGUCUUGGAUACUAAUGACAUUAAGAGGGUUACAUCACUGCCACAGAAAUUUUAUAUUACAUCGAGAUUUGAAACCAAAUAAUUUAUUACUAGCUCCAGAUGGAGAACUUAAAAUAGCGGAUUUUGGUUUAGCCAGGUCUUUAGGGAAUGCCAACGAAGAUUUAACGUCAAAUGUGGUGACUAGAUGGUAUAGAGCACCAGAAUUAUUAUUUGGUGCCAAACACUAUACCGAAGCAGUUGACAUUUGGUCGGUAGGUAUAAUAUUUGCAGAGCUAAUGCUAAGAACUCCUUACUUACCUGGUAAGGAUGAUGUGGAUCAAAUGGACGUAACGUUUAGGGCCUUGGGGACGCCGACUGAGCAAAUCUGGCCAAAUGUAUCCAAUUUACCUUUAUACAAUGCAUUGAGAGUUUAUCCACCUCCAUCUAGACAAGAGCUUAGAAAUAGAUUUAUUGCUGCUACUGAUAAAGCUUUGGACUUUUUGAUUCUCAUGACACAGUUGGAUCCAAGUAGAAGAUGUAAUUCAACUCAAGCAUUACUACAUGAAUAUUUCACUGAAUCCCCAAGUCCAACCGAACCGAUUGAUUUACCAAAGAAAGGAGGUGGUACUAAUGGCUCCAAUAAUAAUGAUAACGAAAAUUCAAUAAAGAGACGUAAAUUAUAGAGAUUUACUUGAACUAUGUCUAUAGAUGUAUAUAUUAUUCUAAAAUUUAAUCAUGACAGACCGU